CCCUUUCCAGCCUUGCCAGCUAGCCGCAGCCUGUCUCCAGCGCUCCCACGUUCGGCCGUCCAUUCAGCCUUCGGCCAUCCGCCGCGCCAUGGAUCUCACCGCCAUCUACGAGAGCCUCCUGUCGCUGAGCCCUGACCUGCCAUCCGACCAUGGAGAGACUGAGUCCAGCCCGGUCUGGGCCUCCUCGGGACCCUGGAGCCUCAGUUCAUCUGACUCCAGCCCGGCUGGGGUCGCUGCCCGGCUGCCUGGCCGCUCCACCAGCCUAGUGGAGGGUCGCAGCUGCGGCUGGGUGCCCCCACCCCCAGGCUUCGCACCCCUGGCUCCCCGCCCAGGCCCUGAGCUGUCGCCCACCUCACCUACUGCGACCCCCACCACCUCAUCCCGCUACAAGACUGAGCUAUGUCGGACCUUCUCUGAGAGCGGGCGCUGCCGCUAUGGAGCCAAGUGCCAGUUUGCCCAUGGCCUGGGAGAGCUGCGCCAGGCCAGUCGCCACCCCAAGUACAAGACGGAACUCUGCCACAAGUUCUACCUCCAGGGCCGCUGCCCCUACGGCUCGCGCUGCCACUUCAUCCACAACCUCAGCGAGGACCUGGCUGCCUCCGGCCACCCCCACGUGCUGCGCCAGAGCAUCAGCUUCUCAGGCCUGCCUUCAGGCCGCCGACCCUCGCCACCACCAGCAGGCCUAGCAGGUCCUUCUCUGUCCUCAUGCUCCUUCUCGCCCUCCAGCUCCCCACCACCACCACCUGGGGACCUUCCACUUUCACCCUCUGCUUUCUCUGCUGCCCCUGGGACCCCUGUGGCCCGAAGGGACCCCACCCCAGCCUGUUGCCCUUCCUGCCGAAGGGCCACCCCCAGCAGCGUCUGGGGGCCCUUGGGCGGCCUGGCACGGAGCCCCUCUGCACACUCCCUGGGAUCUGAUCCCGACGAAUAUGCCAGCAGCGGCAGCAGCUUGGGGGGAUCUGACUCGCCUGUCUUUGAGGCUGGGGUUUUUGGGCCACCCCAGCCACCUGCAGCCCCCCGGCGACUCCCCAUCUUCAAUCGUAUCUCCGUUUCUGAGUGACAAAUGCCUACCCAGUACAGAUCAGCUGGAUCUUGAGGGGGGCCAUUUCUCUUAUGCUAGGGGUUCCAGGGCUGUGGGGAACCAAGGGACUCUGAAUUAAGUAGCUCCCCCCCACCUACCAAAGUGCAUUAACUCACUCCCCUGACCGUACGCUGGGGCAGGUCCCCAGUGUGCAAGCUCAGUGUUCAUGGUGUUGGGAGGAGUGUUUUCUGGGGUCUUAAAAAAAGAUGUAGCAAAUUUGAGGGAGGCAGUGAGCCCUCUAACUCUCCCACCUUUCCCUUGCCCAAUGCUGUGAAUAAUAGGCUCCCAAUGCCCCCUUUCAAUUUUUCCUAGAUCCUGAGGUUCCAGUGUCAGACAGUGACCUGAGCCUCCCCUGAAGGGGAAUCCUGGUGCUCAAAUUUCCCUCCAAAAGCAAGUAGCCAAAGCCAUUGCCAGCCCCCUGUGCUCCCCACUACCUGCCCCUGCCUUUAGGCCCUUUAUUUAUGACGACUUUAUUUAUUCUAAUAGAUUUUAUAGUAUUUAUAUAUAUUGGGUCGUCUGCUUCCCUUGUAUUUUUCUUCCUCUUUUUUGUAAUAUGGGAAAUGAUUAAAUAAUUAAGUAUACUAUAAUAAUAUAUUAAGUAAUAUAUUGUUAAAAGUUUAUUUUUGUGUUUUUUGGAAUUUUUAAAUAAAAGAAAUCGGUGUGUAAA